AUGGCGGCGACUUUGGGUUCCCUCGUUUCGUACAGUAGCGAUUCAGAUUCCGAAAAUGAGUCAGAAACUAGUACAAGUCCUCGAAAGCUAGAUCCAGAUGCAGUCGCCCAUCUCCAGCCUUUGAAAUCUGGAAGAACGACGUCUUUAGCCGUCCUAAAUUCGGCUCCCGAGGUCGCUGUGAAGGAGGAUGUUGAGACAGGUACUCAUUUGGAUCCUUCUCUUAAGGAGGUCAGCUAUAACCCCACCUAUGAGACAAUGUUUGCGCCGGAGUUCGGACCAGUCAACCCAUUCAGAACGCAACAGAUGGCCGCUCCGAGGAAUAUGCUGUCUGGAUACGCUGAGGCAGCUCACUUGAACGAUUUCAUGUUUGAGCAGCAAAGGAGGACGUUCUCUACCUUCGGCUAUGCCUUGGACCCCUCGGUGGACAACAGUCAGGUCUCUUCCAGCAGCUACAUUGGAGCCGUGGAGGAGGCCGAGAAAAACAAAGGGCUAACUGUUUUUGAGGCGACCCCAAAAUCGAAAGCGGAGAAGAGGAAGAAGGUGAAAGGGGGAGAUGCGUCUGAUCUUGAGGGGUUUCUCGGCCCCUGGGCCAAGUAUCAGGAUGAGAAAGGAGUGGCCAAGCCUUCAGAGGAGGAGCAGAAGGAGCUGGAUGAAAUCACGGCAAAGAGGCAGAAGAAAGGCAAGAACGAGGAGGAGGCGCCAGCGGAGGAGAAGACCAUUCUGCACGUUAAAGACGCGUAUGACUACCAGGGCCGAUCGUACCUGCACAUUCCUCAGGACGUGGGUCUCAACCUACGCUCCGCAGAUGUUCCAGAGAAGUGUUACCUGCCCAAGAAACAGCUGCACGUCUGGACCGGACACACCAAGGGAGUCAGUGCUAUACGGUUGUUUCCUGUGUCUGGUCAUCUGCUGUUGUCCUGUUCUAUGGACUGUAAGAUCAAGCUUUGGGAGGUUUAUAAUGACAGGAGGUGUGUCCGGACCUUUAUCGGUCAUAGUAAAGCAGUCAGAGACAUCUGUUUCAACAACGCUGGCACUCAGUUCCUCAGCGCUGCCUAUGACCGUUACCUCAAACUAUGGGACACAGAAACAGGCCAGUGCAUCUCCCGUUUCACAAACAGAAAAGUUCCUUACUGUGUAAAGUUCAACCCCGAUGAGGACAAACAAAACCUGUUCGUAGCAGGAAUGUCAGACAAGAAGAUUGUCCAGUGGGACAUUCGGACCAGCGAGGUAGUUCAGGAGUACGACCGUCACCUGGGAGCGGUCAACACCAUCACCUUCGUGGACGAGAACCGGCGUUUUGUCAGCACGUCGGACGACAAGAGUCUUCGCGUGUGGGAAUGGGACAUUCCCGUGGACUUUAAGUACAUUGCAGAACCCAGCAUGCAUUCGAUGCCUGCAGUAACACUGUCGCCCAACGGGAAGUGGCUGGCCUGCCAAUCCAUGGAUAAUCAGAUCCUGAUCUUUGGAGCCCAGAACAGAUUCCGUCUGAACAAGAAGAAAGUCUUCAAGGGUCACAUGGUAGCCGGAUACGCCUGCCAGGUGGAUUUCUCGCCAGACAUGAGUUACGUGGUAUCUGGAGACGCAGAUGGGAAACUGAAUAUCUGGGAUUGGAAGACAACGAAACUGUACCAUCGCAUCAAAGCCCACGACAAAGUGUGUAUCAGUGCCCUGUGGCACCCCCACGAAACCUCCAAGGUCAUCACCUGCGGCUGGGACGGCCAGAUCAAACUCUGGGACUAAAACAGCCCUCUAAACAGAGAGAGAAAGAGAGAGAGAGAGAGAGAGAGACAGAGCUGGAUGGGUAUGAAGUUGGGAUAGACGGAGGAGACCAUUGAACUUUGUCCUGUGUUCUCUCCCCCUGCCUGUUUUAAACCACCUAGUAGAUCAUUCUGAAUGCUUACACUGGAGUCAAACAACAACUCCAGCUAUUUCAGUCCCCCUAUAAAACAUCCUCCUUUCCAUUUAAAACUCUAUUACCAAGUGCCCACAUGUGUCUUUGAAAACUGUGGUACCUUUCGACUGGCCCUGUAUGGAAAUGUUCUCGCGUCUCUCUCUCUCUCCCUCUCUCCCCGUCUCUUUGAUCUGUUCUUGGUUAAAUAUUGAGUAAGAGGUUUAAGUUGAAGGGCUGGUAUCCAGUCUAAACUGGUAUAGUUGUUAUUUCCCUCGAAACUCUUCCAUUCAGAGACCCCCACCCCUCAUCAAUAACCAAACAACAACAAGAUCCUUGUUUUA